GCUUGAGUUGGAGCGUGACUCACGUUGCUGCAGAUUUCGUUCAGAACUGUUAUUGAGUCGGAGUCGUUUGUAUAUAGUGUAUGUAUUAUUAAGUUUGUAGUUGCCCAGCUUCUGCGAUUGCAUAAACUAGGUAAAAUGUCAACGCAUUCAGUGCAACACAAAAAGUCUGGCUUUCGUGAGAUUCCAUCUAGAAGGGUGCUUAUCAACGAUGCUUCUCAGUUACCGUCGGAUUAUAGCUCAACACCUGGAGGCACCAUAUUUUCAACUACUCCUGGAGGCACCAGAAUAAUCUACGAUCGAGCAUUUCUGAUGCAAAUGAGAAAUUCUCCGGUAACAAGAACACCUCCCAAGAAUCUUCCAGACAUACCAGGAGUAACUAGUCCAAGCUCAGGGAAGGUGAAGCCAAUUCAGAAUGAAACUCCACCAAGGACAAGGGCAUCAGAAAAAGAAACUGGUAUACAGAAGUCUUUUUCUAUGAAUAGUAUUUUGUAA